AUGUCUUUAUUCUUGAUUAAUAAAAAAAAAAAAAAAUACAUCUAUAGCAAUAUGGGUGAUCUAAGAAGCUGCAGUACUAUUUCCUCAGGAACUAAAAGAAAAUGCGAACAUUCAAAUUUUAUAAAAAAACAAAAAUUAUUAAACAAUAAUGUAAAAAUUAAUAAUAUUAUAGAUAUAAAAAAUUUUAUUAAUAAAGCUAAAAGGAGAUCAAUUAGUUUAUCAACUAAUUUUCCUAGCAUGAAUGAUUUUUCUACAUGUGAGAAUUAUUUGAACUUAAAAAAUGAGAAUAAAAUAGAUGAAAAUUUAAGAGAUCAGGAAAAUAAUUUGAAAGAAAAGAAAUAUUUUUCUAAUAUUCAAAAAAGAUAUAACAAAAGAACUAGCAAAUAUUUAACUAAGAAUUAUUUUAAUUUAAAAACUUUUAAAAAAUUUUUAUUUAAAAAAUCAUUAUUAUACAAAAUAAGAUGUCUUAAUCAUAAUUCCAUAUGGUUAUCAGAAUUAUCAAAAAGUAAGAUGGGAAAUAUAAAUAAUGAAUUAUUUUGUAAUACAGAAUUUAUUCAACCUUUUCCUUUUUAUAAAAAGGCUAUUGAUUUAUUUUAUGAAAAAAAGUAUAAAGAUGCAUAUGUCUUGUUGAGUGGAGUAUCUACAUAUUGCUCUAGUUCGUUUAGUGAACACAAAAUAUUGAAUGAUAAUUUUUUUGAAAAGAAAAGUUACAAUUUACAAUAUAUGUUAAAUACAUUAUACAUUGACAAGCAUAAUAAAUUAUAUGAAAAAAAUUAUAUGAAAAAAAAUUUAAAAACAAAGAUUUUAAUGAAAAAUGUAAAUGAUUUUUCCGUUAUAAAUACAGACAAAAAUAAAAAGUUUUUAUUUAAUAGUAUAAUUGAAGAAAAGAAUGAAGUAAUAAAUAAUAGUAUUUUUAAAAGCAAUAGUACUUUUAAAUAUAUUAAGAGUAAAUGUUGCAACAAUAUAAAAAAAAAAAAAAAAAAGGUUAUCAAUUAUAAAUUUGUUAAUUAUGAAAAUUAUAUUAAUAAUAUAUGCAAUAUUUUUCUACAAAAUAAUUAUUUACCUAAUUUUUCAAAAAAAAAGAAAAAAAAAAUUCAAUAUGUUAAGUAUAUAAACUAUUCACAUAACAGAGAUAAAAAGCUGAUAAAAAAAGAUAGUAACAAUGUAAAAUAUAACUCUAAUAUGAACUCAAAAGAAAAAACAUCUAGUAAUAAAGAGUUAAUUUUUGAUAUAAUAAAAGAAAAAAAUAUGAAUCAUAGAAAAAGGAGCAUCAAUUAUAAUUCUGAAGAAAAUAAGAAAAAAUAUGAAGUAGAGUAUUAUUUACAAGAUUGUGAUGAUAAAUAUUCUCAAAAAAAAAAUAAAAAUGUGUCAAUUAACGAUAGGAAUUAUAUUCAGAAGCUAGAAAGGGAAUAUAAUGAAAAAAUUGAUAGUUGUCAUAAUAACAUGACUAGCAAAAAAAAACGAAUGAAUAUUAUGCACAAUGAAAAAAAUAUACAUAAAAAGGAGAUAAAGAACGAAACGGAAGAAGAUAUUAGGUUAUUUAUUUUUAUUAAAAUAUUAUGUUUAUAUUUAUAUAGUAACACAUUCUAUCAAAACAAUAAAAAAAAAAAAGACAUUACUCAUGACUUUAAUAGUGAAAAUAGCUAUGACGAAAAAAACAUGAAUUAUCUUAAUGGGAACUUUAAUAUAGGAAAUAUGAAAAGAAAAGAAAUAUUGAUAUAUAUUGCCAAACAUUUAAGAAAGAUAAAAAAGAAAAUUGAAUUUGAUACAUAUCUAUAUUUAUUGUUAAGUGUAGUUUGUUAUGACUUAAAAAAGUUCAAUAAAAGUUUAUUAUAUGUCAAAAAAAGUAUAAAAAAGGAUUACUUUAAUUUUGUUUCUUGGGUAUUUUUCAAUAAUUUGAUUUCAAUAGAAAUUUUUGUAUUUGAUAAUUCAAAUAUUACAACCAAAUUUGACAGUAAAAAUAAAUUGAAAUUUACAAAAAAUUAUAAAAAUAAGAAUAGUAAAAAAAAAAUAUCAUUAAAAAAAAAUAUAUUUAUAAAGAAUUCCAAAAAAUUAAAAAAGUUAUACCUGUACCUAUUUGAAAAUGAAUUUUUUUUUAAUACUAAAAGUAAUUAUACAAAUGUAAUGCGAAAUUACAACAGUUACAUAUACAUUAAUCCUUUAAAAAAUUUAAAGGAAUCUUUUUUUUUUAAAAAUAAUUAUUUCAAAAGUAAUAUUUUUAAUAAGAAAACCGUUAAAAAGAAGAAGAAAAAAGUAAAUCACAGUUUUUUUAGCAAAUAUAAAAAUUAUAUAAAAAGAUAUAAUUUUAAAAAUAAUUUUAUGACUUUAUUUGGUUAUGCACAUUUUUGUUCUUUGAACACUAUCCUCUAUAAAAAUGCUAUUGAUGCUUAUAAAUUUUUAAACAAAAUGUUAAAAAAUAAUUUAUAUAUAUCAAGUGAGCUAGCUAAAUUGUAUUAUUAUUGUGGUAAUUAUUAUAAGAGUAUAAAAUACUUUAAUCAAAUACAAAAAAUUAGUAGGAAGAAUAAAAUUUUAAAAAAAGAUGUGUUUCAUAAAUAUUGUAUUUCUUAUUUUUUAAAAAAAAAUAAAAACGAAGUACAUAUAGAAAAAAAAAAAGAUCAAGAUAUCUUUCAAUACAUGAUGAACUGUAAUGAUAAAAAUAUAAUGGUUAUAAACCAAAAAGAUUAUAAAAAUGUUAAAAAUUUAUUAUUACCAAUGUAUUUUUCUAAGAAAUUUAUUUACUUAGAAAUUUUAGUAAAUAUAUAUUUUCUUCAAAAAAAAAUUCCUGAUUUGCUUAUUCUUAUCUACAAUUAUCCAAAAAAAAAAAAGAAAAAAAAUUAUGACGAGAAAUAUUUUUAUAUGUUAGGUAAAUAUUUUUCAUUAAACAAUAAUCAUCAUAAAUCAAUUUAUUAUUUUAAAAAAUCAAUUAAAAUAGAUAAAUUUCAUUUAUAUUCAUACGUGAGCUUAGCACAAGAAUAUUUAUUAUUUAAUAACAUUAAUAGUUCCGUUUAUAUAUUAAUAAGAGUAAUUAUUUUGUAUUUUAAUAAUUCUAAUGCAUGGUUUAGCUUAGCUAAAUGCUUAGAAUAUAAAAAGAAUUAUCCUUUUUCUAUAUUUUCUUAUAAAAAUGCUAUUUAUUUUCAGAGAAAUAUUGCUUUAUAUUACUUUUUAGCUAAUAUAUAUUUAAAAAAAGGAGAUAUAAAAAAUUAUAUAGAAACAUUAAAAAAUGGAUGGAUGUUUAAGAGAAGUAUUCUUUUUUCUUCUAAGUUAUUUCUUAUAUAUUUAAAGAUAUUAAAAAAAGAAAAAAGACAAAUAUCAUAUUCUUUUAAUGAGAAAAAAAAUAUGUAUCAUUUAAGGAAAAACAUAAAACAAAAAUAUUAUAAAAAAUACAACGAUUGUUUUAUUUGGUGUAUUAAAUAUUUAAAAAGUUAUUUCAAAAAAUUUAAUAAAAAUAGAAUUUAUUAUCCUAAAGUUAAUUUAAGGAAUUCAAUAGAAUAUAAUUAUUCUAAUAAUUCUAUAAUAGAAGAUUUUAUAUUAUUUGGUUAUUUGAAAAAUGAAGAACAAAUAGUACAUUUAAAUAAACUUUUUUUAAAAUCUUUUAAUUCACUUCAUAAUAAGAACACAAGUUACUUGUAUUUUAUUUGUCUAUUAAGAAAUUCAAAUAAAACUUUACUUAAUGCAAUUUUUUAUUUAGCUAAUUAUUUUUUUUUCAACAGAUCUUUUCAUAAUUCUCUUAAGUUAUAUAAAAUUUUGUGGGAUGUAGGAGGAAUUUAUUCGGAAGAAUCAUUUAAAUUAUUUAGAUUCACAAAACAAAUAUUACAAAGAAAAAAAGAAAAAAAAAGAAUACAUAAUAAAUGA